AUGAAUCGAUUAGUAGACCUUGACAAACUUCUUAAUGAUUUCCAAGAACAAGAAGCAGUAUCAAAGUCAUGUGCUAAAAAAUAUAAUUUUAUCGGAAAUAAGUCUGAUGACGGGUAUGCUUGUCUUAUUGGAAUUAAUCCCACUGUUUCGAAGCCCUUUUGCCAUUCCGAGGUCCAUCAUUCACCUCGUAUAAAGGAAAUUACUUAUCUUGAUAAAUCGUCCAUGGACAACUGUACCUUUCCUGAAUCUCAGAAAUUGAAUUGUCCUGCUAAAAAUCUUGAUUCCCCACAGCAACCCGCCUUUUCCUCUACUCUCACUGUGCAUGGCAGAGAUGAGAAUCAAAUAAAUUCGGAAGCACAAUCUUUUCUUAAACCUCACCACAGUGUAAAGCCUCUUUCUCAGCUUACUCCUGUUGAUCGAUCUGCUCAGGAUUUAAUGAAUUAUUCCUCUACUUCGGAAGCCAAAUCAGAUGUCUCAUGUACAAUUCCACCUUUUCAAGACACAAGCGUGCAUUCGCCUAAAUCGUUGCCACGUUCUACCGAACCUGAGCAGAUUGGCCAUGUUGGGGAAGUUGGAUUCUCUUCUCGUGAAGUUUUCCCACUUCGGAAUCCGACAGAUCUCAAUGAAGUAUCUGGUGUAAAUGCAAAUCCUUCUAGAAUGAUUCCAACUAUUGAGGUUGAGCCACCUUCUAUCAUGGCUUCUCCUACGCCACAUCCCCCACUUGGUCGUCGUAUUGUUCCAGCCUUUGUUCGCCAACGACUGAAAGAUGAGUGUCUAUUGCCGCUCCAGAAUACGGAGGGCUCUUCAUCGAAGUCCGUGUGGCCUCCGUUGGUCGUUUCUACAAAUCCUGAACUAAUUCUGGAAACGGAUGUAUCCGAAGAUAGAAUUGUGAGGCUUCUGUCAAGUGAUGACCGCGCGGCAAUCUUUGCAAUCACCCGCAAUCUGCAUAUUCGCGUCAGCAUCUCAGUAAAUAAUGAAUUCUGGAGUUUUAUCUCUCACGGUCUGUAUGGUCUUGGUCAAGAGGAGAUUUGUCUUCUACUUCGUCGGAGAAGUGAUGAAGCGUUACCGCCCAUUGACUUUCUAUGGUAUUACCACUUACUGUAUCAGCUCGCUUUCAGCCGUGGCCGUGGAAUCGAAACAUCAUACCAAGCUUCCUCAACGGUCUUCCCAUUCGAGCAUGGAUCGUGUCUUCUUCUACCGAAUCCCUCUAAUCAACAACAAAAUGAUCACGAGCAGCAGGUUUCGAAAGCCCCACGGUCUGGUGGUGGUUGCCAUGGUUUCCUCUUUAUCCAUGCAGUCCAAAAGCAGAUGGAAGCUCUUUCUUCCCUUUUUACCUUUUUCCCACAACCUCCCUUCCUCUUUGCUGUCGUUCUGCGCAGUCAAACUGAAGUGGAUCUUGCCAAUCUGCAGCCACUGCGACUUUGGCAUGCAUUGAAUCUCGCUAAUGGAGGAUCAGCCCCCAUUUCCGACCGUGACAGGCGUCCCGUGUUUACGUCCGAUAGUACUGCCGGAAAUAGUGUUCUUUCCCUAUGCAAAAGUGGCGGGUUGCCAUAUAUUUCAAUAUCACAAAUGAAUAUCCUCUCUUCUGGAUGGGAUAACUUUCAAGGGGAAAUGAGAUUGCAGAUUCUGCUCCGUCGUUCAUGUCACGAGUGUAUUCGACGUUCCUUGAAUUCAGCAGCACAUGGUGGAAAUCUUCUUUGUCUUGGUGGCGAUUUCUGUCCCAGUGCAGACUGUCAUUUGGCGGUUGCAGAUUCUAGUACUGGUCCAAUUACUGAAUUCACACCUCCGUUCUCGUCUGAUCGAAAUAGUUUGGUUCGUUUCUGUUAA